CUCAUCAAACAAUUCAUUUUCUUUAGUUCUUUGUCAAUGAACUCUUUUUUGUGUUUAUUUGCUUUUUGUUUUUCCUUCAUUUUAUCUCUUUUCACAUUCAUACCAUAUUUCUGCCAAGAAUGUCUGAGACCAAACAUCCAUCAGUGCUGUCAAUUUUAUGGUUUUCUGGAUUGACACAAGAAUACUUUUAUUCUUUUGUUUUGUUUACUAAAAACCUGACAUUUCAAGAAUGGUAAAGCAAAAUUCAAAUUUAACAAAGCAAUAAAAUCGUUUAAAAUCUCCGCUCUGACCUUUUCAUUUAUCUUUGGUGGCUUCUUUGCUGCUUUAUAUAUUGCUGUUGUUCCUUGUACAUACAACUAUACAAGAGCCUUAACUUUUGUUUGCAGCAAAAACUUGUGGGCCCAGAUGAGAACAAGAAUAUGUGUCCCCUCUGUUGUUUCUUGUCUGACAUAUUGUUGCAAUUUUGUGUUCUUUUGUCAUGCUUUUGACACCCUUAGAGAAGGCCAAACCUUGCAGAAUGGUGAAACCUUAGUUUCUGCAAAUGGAAUCUUUGAAUUAGGAUUUUUUGGUACAGGUGAUCCUGGAGGGAACCACUAUUUGGGAACUUGGCUCAAGAAAGAUGUUCAUAAGAAGGCAUUUUGGGUAGCGAACCGGGACAAUCCAGUUUAUGGCGAGACUGGAAAUUUGACAAUAAGGUAUGAUGGGAACCUGGUGAUCUCUGAUGUUAGGAUUUAUCCUAAUAUAGUAGUAAACUCUGAAAUGUUGGCAACGGGUGGGAACACAAGGGCGACGCUUGUUGAUUCUGGAAACUUUGUUCUUUAUGAAGGGGAGAAGGUUCUAUGGCAGAGUUUUGAUUACCCCUCUGAUACCUUUUUGCCAGGCAUGAAGCUGGGAUGGUUAGGCAUCGAUACAAACCAAACAAGAAAGUCAUUUCUUUUAUCAUGGUUGACUCCUUCUGUUCCUGCCAGUGGCCCUUUUGCUUUAGGCCUUGAUUCACACAACAAAUCAAUUUUCAAAGUUUGGCGUCGGAGCAGUAUGUCUCAGGAGAUCGGUUUCUGGGAUGGUCACAGUUUCAGAUUCUUCUUCCAGAGAGUAUCAGACAGCUACAGCUUCACCUUUGUGUCAAACAAGAAGGAGAUUUACCUUACAUUUAACACGAACGAAGGGAAAAGCAUGUCUUGGUUUGUUCUGACAUCAAGCGGGGAAAUCAAUGAGUUUACGAUGUUGGAUGGAGGGGUGGAAAUUGUGAAUUACACCCUUUGCAACAACAGGGAGGCUCCUGAAACCAAAGGGUGUUUGGUUCCAUUGCCAAACAUGUGUGGUGGUAACAAUAAUUUCUCGGAGAUCAAAGGCUCUAUACCCGUCUCAAUGGUUGUUUCUGGAUCCACUGGUGUAGGUCCCAGCGACUGCGAAAUGAUGUGCCUAAUCAACUGUUCUUGUUCCGCUUUUGCAUCGUUUCAGGACGAUGGAACUGGAUGCCAGCUUUACUAUGGUGACAAACAAGAUCUGCUAAAAAGCAUCGGUGGAGGCAACAGCAUCCUUUAUGUCCGAGGGGACGUUCCUAAAAGUUCAGGGAUUCAAAGGAAAUGGAAAUUGGCUAUUAUCAUAUCAACUUUGGUUGUUUUAGUACCACUAGUUCUCAGCUCAGUAUGGUGUUAUCUUGGAUACAAAAAGGUCAACCAUAUAGGAAUCACCAGGGAAGGAGAUGACAUAAGAGACAGUGCAUCGCUGCUAUUGUUUCAGUUUGGUACUAAUGUAGCAGCAGUUGAUACAGAAAAUAGUGCAGAUGCUGUUGAACAAGGCAAGUGGAAUGGUUGUGAAUUGCCUCUAGUGAGCUUUUCUUGCAUUGUAGAUGCCACUGGCAAUUUCUCCGCAGAAAACAAGAUUGGGGAAGGCGGUUUUGGUCCCGUGUACAAGGGUAAAUUACUGGGACAUGAGAUUGCAGUGAAGAGGCUAUCAAGACUGUCUGGACAAGGACUAGAGGAAUUCAGAAAUGAGGUUAGAGUAAUUUCCAUGCUGCAGCAUAGCAAUCUUGUGAGGCUUUUGGGAUACUGCACUGAACAAGCGGAGAAGAUAGUACUCUAUGAGUACCUGCAAAACAGAAGUUUGGAUUCAAUUCUUUUCGAUGAAACAAAGAGUGUGAUGCUAGACUGGAGAAAGCGGCUGCACAUAAUCGAAGGGAUUGCUCAAGGUCUCCUUUAUCUUCACAAGUAUUCCAGAUUAAGAAUUAUCCAUCGAGACUUGAAAACGAGCAACAUAUUAUUAGAUACUUAUUUCAACCCGAAAAUAUCUGAUUUUGGCAUGGCAAGAAUCGUUGAUGAGAGCAUUCCAACAAAAACCAAAAGGAUUGCAGGAACAUAUGGCUAUAUGUCUCCCGAAUAUGCAGUGCACGGGCUAUUCUCCACGAAAUCUGAUAUAUUUAGCUUCGGGGUUAUUGUACUAGAGAUCAUUAGUGGGAAGAGGAACACCACAUUUUACGAGGCCAAUGGUUCUCUGAACUUGCUGGGAUUUGCAUGGGAAACCUGGAAAGAAGAGCGAUGGGUGGAAUUCAUGGAUCCAACAUUGGCUGACUCAUUCAAUCUGGAUGAGCUCAAGUUAUGCCUUAAUGUGGCUCUCCUAUGCAUCCAAGAAAAACCGAAAGACAGGCCAACAACGUCGGACGUGGUUUCGAUGGUGAACAAUGAAAGAGGUGGUCGUUUACCGGUACCGAAACGGCCUGCUUUCUCAACUCUAACGGAGUCAUACGUUGAAUCAAACCUGGAGGGGCAAAAGCCUUCUUGUAAUGACAUUACUUUCUCUGCAAUUGAAGGGAGAUAGAAGGGUCAGUUUAUUACUUCUUUCUGAUAGUUUGUCUGUAUUAAGAUGGAGCCAUGGCUAAUCAUGUUUAUGGAUUUCAAGGUGGCUCGGCUCUCAACUUGAGAAC